GCGCGUCGUAGCAUGCUACGCGUCUAACAUUCGUGAACUUUGCUACGUAACUUUCGACAAAAUGCAGUACUCCUCAAUAUUUCUUAUCCUAUUCAUUGGAGCGGUGACCUGCGCCCCUGAGCGCGUGGACAGUGACCACGACAAUGACCACGUGGACCAGAGCGCCCACGACCACGACCAUGUCGCGCAAAUGGAGAAGAGAUCCCCGCACUAUGACUUCGGUCUAGGCAAGAGAGCGUAUAGCUAUGUUUCGGAGUAUAAACGCUUGCCCGUUUACAAUUUUGGACUUGGCAAGAGGUCCCGACCAUACUCCUUCGGCCUUGGCAAGAGAUCAGUAGAUGAAGAAACAUCAGAGGAAGAAUUCCCCAAUGAAAUCGAUCAGCCUUCGCUUACUGAAGUAUUUGAAUAUGAUGAAGUUCCUUCAGCAGGCUAUGAAGUAAAACGAGCACGGCCCUACAGCUUCGGACUUGGCAAGCGUUUUGUCGAAGACGAGGACACAGAAGAGAAGCGCGCUAAAAUGUACGACUUCGGUCUUGGCAAGCGGCCGCAUCUGUACAGCUUCGGUCUUGGCAAGCGAGCCAGAAGCUACAACUUCGGCCUUGGCAAGCGUCUCAGCAGUAAAUUCAACUUCGGACUUGGCAAGCGUGAACGAGACAUGCACAGGUUUAGCUUCGGCCUUGGCAAACGAUCUGAAAUCCCCGAAGAAAGUGACAACUAUUUGGACGUUUAAAUUGUAAAAAUCACACGUGGUUCCGCAAAGUGAUUUAACGUAUUCGUGUAGUUAUAAAUGAUGUAAGGUUCGCGUUUAUUAUUGAGAUCUCAAUCCCUUAUUACCACGUGGGGUUUAAACGACUCGAUUUCAAUCUUUUCAAUAACUGUGUUAAUAUCGCUUAGGCUAAGUUCAUAAUCAUAGUGACGUUAAAUUUCGUUUGUAAUAUAAGUAAUUGUUGUAUUGAUAUUUGUGUAAAAUAAUGUUAUAGCGGCACAUGCUUGUAAUUAUAUGGAUCUACGAAUUUUACUGUUACCUCAAAAACUUUCGAUUUAUUGUAUGUGCGUUUGAUAUUGUUUCAUUUAAAAUACAGUAACUAGUAUAGAUAAUUUCAAAUUUUAAUUCUUAUUGUAUUUUGAUAACUUUUGUUUUUAAAGAUAAGUAUCAAACGUAUAAUUUAUAUAAUAAAUUAAAAAAAAUAUAUUCUAAAUGUUAAAUAAGAUGUACCUAGCUAUUAUUCAAUUCAGUAAUUGUAAAAUCAAUUAUUGUGUGCCAAUAUUUAAAUAUUUAUU